CAGCUUAUGGAAGUGCUCCUGUACCUUCUCGCAGGCAAUUAUGCUACAUACCGAAAUCGAAUUGUGAGCCAAAAUCUCAGCACAAGGGACCGAAGAGCAAUGCAUACUCCCACCGAGGACCGUUUUAGAUACUCGGCAGCCGACCAGACAAGCCCCCACAAAAACAAGACGUGUCAACUAUCAAGUCUAUGUUUAAGUAAUUUCUUGAAGGACAAGGAGCUAGCGGAAGUUAUCAAACAUUCAAGAGGAACUUAUGAGACCCUGACUUCAGAGGUUACACAGAAUUUACGGGCCUCUGUCGGGCAGAGCUCUCUGAAGCCUACAGGGAAGACAGAAGGGCUGUCCACAUUCUUGGAGAAACCAAAGGACCAAGCUGCUGGGGCCCGGCAGCAUUCCACCUUCACAGGCAGGUUUGGACAGCCACCCAGAGGGCCGAUCUCUUUACACAUGUACAGCAGGAAGAAUGUUUUUCUCCAUCAUAGUUUACACACCACUGAGCUGCAGACUCUAGGCCAGCAGGAUGGGUAAUUAAAUCAGCCUAUUCCUGUCUCGCGGUAGGAUAAAAGAUGGUUAGUGUUUCUUGUGCGUAGUUCAAAU